GAUCUUCAUACAUCUCGAAAUCUUGGUUAAACGCGGAGAGUACUGGUUCCGUUUUCUUUUGGGUGGUAUGAGUUGCUUUGUAGUUUGUAUUGUGCGCUUUGGAAAGCAUUUGGGCCUAGAGCUUGACUGAAGAAAUAUGAAGAGCGAGGUUGUACAUAAAGUAUCAGGGUUCCCUUCCCAUAAAUUGAUGCAAAUCUAAAUCGACCCGUCAAUGAUAGUAAACUGUGAUGGCAACCGCUCUAUAUCAUGAUUAGAGGCACGUCUGAUUAGCCGCAAAUAUCCAAGAUCUCAAUAACUCAGUUUUACUUCUUGAAUAUCUACAAACAUCCACACGUCCGUUCUUGUAAAGGGUCGCUGCUUGUCAGGGAGCUGUUUUCACCAUGUCCGUGGAUGAAAAGAUAGGUGGGGUGACGCAUCAAGAAAACAACAAUGAAAAGCAUGUGUCCCAAGUUAAAGUGGUGAAAGGCGAUGAGGCUUUCGCGCAAGCGAUGUUGAAGGAGCCUCCCAAAACAUGGUCAGGGCGAUCGUUCAUUCUAUACGCUUGUGCGCUAGUGGCAUUCUUUUGCAGCACUUGCAACGGAUUCGAUGGCUCUAUGUUCAACUCUCUUCUCGCAAUGGAGCAAUUUAGAACUUACUUCAACGUGGCCAACAAUGGCGCUUGGACUGGCAUCGUCACUUCCAUGUAUUCAAUCGGCAGUGUGGUAGCUAUUCCUUUUAUUGGGCCGGCCAUCGAUACUUGGGGAAGAAAGAUCGGAAUCUAUAUCGGAGCUACAUCGAUUGUAUUGGGAACUAUAGUCCAAUCUACCACACUUCACUCGAGCAAUGUAAUAGGGCAGUUCAUGGGCGGUAGGUUUUUGCUCGGAUUUGGCGUGGGAAUCGUUGCAUCAGCGGGACCAAUGUAUGUUGUCGAAACAUCGCAUCCUGCCCACCGAGGUGUUGUCACUGCUUUCUAUAAUACAUUCUGGUUUGUUGGCUCAAUUCUUGCUUCGGGAUCUGCACGAGCAAGUGCAGACCUAUCCGGUAAUCGGUCCUGGCAAGUUCCAGUUUGGCUACAAAUGGCAUUCCCAGGUCUUUGUAUUGUCUUAGUAUGGGCUCUACCCGAGAGUCCACGUUGGCAAUACGUGCAUGGACAGAGAGACAAGGCGAAAGCGAUGCUUACAAGAUACCACGGAGAAGGAAACCCAAAUAGCAUUUGGGUCGAAAUGCAGCUUCAUGAAUACGAAGAGUACCUAGAGCUGGAUGGAGCAGACAAACGAUGGUGGGAUUAUCGUGCAUUAUUCAACGACAAAGCAUCAAGAUAUCGUUUGGCAUGCAACUGCACGAUUGCUAUUUUCGGACAAUGGGCUGGCAAUGGUCCAAUCUCAUACUUCAUUUCGGCUGUUCUUGAUACAGCAGGAAUCACGGACUCCAUCACACAACUCAACCUUAACUUAGGUUUAAAUAUUAUGCAGUUUGGCUUGGCUUUGUUUGGUGCUUCCCUCGUAGAUAAAGUAGGUCGUCGUCCUUUGCUUCUAUUCGCAAACAUUGGAUGCGCUAUAGUAUGGAUCGGAGCCACAGUUUCGUCAUCAAUCAAUGCCAACACAGGUAGCAAGAGCAGUGGAUCUGCUGUUGUGGCAAUGAUCUUCCUCUUUGACGCAAUAUUCAGUGUAGGCUUUACGCCGUUGCAAGCAUUGUAUCCUGUGGAGGUCCUGAGUUUCGAGAUGAGGGCAAAAGGAAUGGCAUUUAGCAACUUUGCUGUAUCGGCAGCGACCCUCGUGAACCAGUUCGCAUACCCUGUGGCUUUGGAGAAGAUCAAGUGGAAAACCUAUCUUGUUUUUGUGCUUUGGUGCCCGAUACAGGCACUUGUGAUUUAUUUCUUCAUUCCUGAAACAAAGAACCGCACAUUGGAAGAAUUGGAUGAUAUCUUCCGGGCCAAGAACCCGAGGAAAGCAUCUCUGGAGAAAAAGAAAUUGGCACUUGACGAUAGCGCAAAUAUCAUUAAAGUGGAAGAAGUCAUUUGAGCUAGUCAUUUGAGCUAGUCAUUUGAAAGGGCUUUGCAGUGAUGGUCAUUUGACCAUUCCCCACGGGGCUAGAGAGCAUCCGUCAAUUUUUUAAUGUCUUCUUUGCGUUUGUAAUACACAGAGGGAAGUAUCGAACUUUAUCCCGAAAACUUUUUUUUUAUAGUUGAAAGCAGCAGAGAUAUUUAAUGACAAGCAUUUCAAUGAUUGAUUUGAGAAUCUCGUGCAAGAAGUGAAUAUCAUGAUUUAUGAUUGUAGUGGUGGUCUUUUGUAUUGUUGUUGGUGAGA